GUUAUACAAUGCCCUAACGAAGAAACCCUAGCUAGCUAAGCUUAGCUUGGAGCCCAUCAAUGGAUCGCUAGCUACAGUUUUGGUUUUGUUCGUUUCCUCUUUAUGCGGUCAGAUCCAGAGGAAGGGAGAGUGGAAAAGAUGAAAGGAAAGGGAGGGCAAAAGAGAAACGAGAGAAAACCCCACCAUCCCCAGUAGUGCUUUGUCUUGUUCCUAAUUGAUCAGAGAUCUGACCUAAAAAACCACACCAACCCAGCACCAGCUGCUGCACCUUCCCUUCCUUCUGAUACACACAGCAGAGGGGAAGCGUUGCAGCAAAGAAAGGAAGCGUAGGGUAGCCUGCGGCGAGGUCAAUAGACGUUUGGCCCCACCGAGAGCUCCGGCCGAAAGAUGAAGCGCCAAUCCCUAGGCACCCUGUCCGCAAUCACUCGGGCGAUCCCUUCCACGAUGUCCUCCGGCAAUUUGAGACUCGAUUCCUCCACCAAUCGAUUCACGAAUUACAUCGAUCGCUCCAAUUAAGUGGACGAUUGGCGCGACGGCUUCUGAUUUUCGUCGUCCUUCGGCGACGAUCUGGCGGGAAGGAUUUUAACCAAGUGCGGCGGUUGACGAGGGAGUGAACACGUGAAGGAGGAGGGACAGGUGACCUUCUUCUCGUCCAUGGAAGUGGUGUCGUUGAUUCCUGGCAGCUACACAUCGUCGUCUAUUCCAAUCAUCGGCGAUUCAAUCUCUAUUCUUGUCGUCGGCCCAAUCGUCGGUGAUUCCAGGCGCUAUUGGAGGGAUUGUGGUUGUUGUUGAUGUCUCCGGGAAUCUGACGGAGUAGAGAGCGGCAUUCCCGGCGCGGAGGAGAAGCUCCCGUCAGGGGAUUGAUCGGGAUAUGGUAGGGGAGAAGUUGAUCAGAAGAAUUAGUAGGGAGAGAGAAUAAUACAGGGUGGGGUAAUUAAUAAUUUAAUUUCUAAUUUUGUUAUUUUUUUGUGAGUUUCCGUUUUUACCCUUGUUGUUACUAUAACAACACUUAGGGUGUUGUUAUGCUAUCCAGACCCCUCUUAUUAAAGCUCUCCCGUCUUCUCUAGACUCCGCUUUGAUAUUUCCCGCCAUUGCAGCAGAACAGAAAAGCUUCCUCCGCACUCCUUUUCUCUUCCACUCCGCUCCUCCAUUUCCUAUGUCACAAGUUCGACGACUGUAAAAUCGCCGCUGAAAUUGUACCUGUUCUCGGCAUUGAUGGAAGCUCAACGCAAAAAUACAAUUAGGAGCAGCUCUAGAAGAAGGAAGCCGCUCUCUGAUCGCAGCAACACCCUUGUACCCGUCGGCUCCUCUGCAAGCUGUUCUUCCACUUCGUCUUCCUCUUACCUUCUCAAGAAACCCUUGAAAUCGUUUCCCUCCUCUUCGCAGCUUCUCCAUUCCCGCGACAAUCCGAAUCCCACUGAGACCCAUCUCGAUAAGGUUCCAUCCACGGCCGGAUCCACUACCAGCGCGGUUCUAGGACCCUCCACUUCCACGCCUGCUCGCCCACAGCGCAAUCAAUCCUCGACCGUCGGUGGCGAUGAUGUUUGGGAGCCGUCUCCGGUUUAUGUUCGGAGGAAGUCCGGAAGCAAAAGGAAGGACAAGGAGAAGGCAAUUGAUGUGCCGGCUAUAAAGAGUCAGUCUAGCAGGGACAAAGCAAUUGAAGAUGGAGGUGCUGGUCAGUCCAAAUCAUUGCUGGUACCUCAUAAAAAGAAGACGCGCCACACAACAGAUGUUCGUGAUGACAUUGAAGAUAAGAAUUUCAUUGAGCAACAGAGAGCAUACUUUGCUGAAAUUGAUGCUUUUGAACUGCUAGAGGAAGAGGUGACUUCAACCGAUGAGAUGGAAUGAGCGGAUGCAAGUAGAUAUGAGUAACUUCGUCCAUCUAAUUUCUUGUCAAUAUACUGUAAUGAUGUCGUGUGGUGUAUAUAGUUCCAGUUUUGUUACCAUCUGAUCUGUAGAUGGCCCAAAUCCCUACCUACACGUUAUAGUCCAAUGCACAGAGAUGAAUGUAAUGGCUUGAGUAGUUGAGUAGACUAGAGAUUUGUGGGCCAAUUAGUUAGCCAAAAUGAGGCGCAGUACAUUUGUGGGCCAGCAACAUUUUAGACUACUGCACUUGGAAAAUACAGUUCCAUGUUCUCUUGAGAACUGAAAUACCUACUUUAACUUGCCUUCAG